GCUCAGGGGUGGGGAGCAGACGGGGUCUCGCGUAGCCCGGCCUGCGGACGGGAUGGGUCUGUGUGAGUCCACGCUGCCCCAGACGGGCAGAGCUCUGAGGCCCCAGGAGAAGGAUGUCCUGAAGUCCCUCCUGAUCAUCUUCGUGGUGGGCGGCCCCGGCUGCGGGAAAGGGACCCAGUGCAGAAACAUGGCCACCAAGUACGGCUUCUGCCAUGUGGGGCUGGGCCAGCUGCUGCGGGAGGAGGCUCAGAGGAGCACCAAGCGGGGCCGGAAGAUCCGGGACAUCAUGCAGCAGGGACUCCUGGUGCCCACGGUGGGCAGGGCCCCCAACGUAGUCAUGGUGUUUGACUGCUCCAUGGAGACCAUGGUGCGCAGAGUGUUGCAACGUGGACAGGUAGAGCACCGGACAGAUGAUUCAGAAUCGACCAUCCACAAGCGUCUAGAAACAUACUACACCCUGUGUGAGCCCGUCCUGGCCUUCUACCAGCAAAAGAACCUUCUGCGAAAUAUCUUGGCUGAAGAAGCCCCCGAGAGCAUUUUUGCCAAGUGCUGCUUGGUCAUUGAGAGUCUGCAGUGA